UGCUUACUGGAGUGGAGGCGCGCUGUGGUCGGAUCUGAAGGCAGGCAGGCAUUGCUGGCCUGCCUUCGUUUGUAAUGUUUGCAUCGCCUCGCCACGUCAAGCAACACAACAAACAAGACAAGCAGACACACAACUGACCAACAAAUGCUUCGUAUCAUUGAUAUCUAUGUCGGAAUCAUCAUUUCAGGACAUUGAAAACUGGUUAGACCAGCUAUCAGGCGCUUCUGAAGCUCCAACGCCACCUUUAACCCUUCCCAGACCGUUGUCCACAAUAAGCGGCUAUCGUCAGAAGAGGCGGGUGUCUAUGGCAUCUGCACGAGAUUCAAGCCCGUCCAAGCGACCCCGAAUUGCUGAUGAUCGGACAAUAACGUCAGAAAUUUCGCUUCGUUCCACAACCACUACGUCGCGGCAGUCGCGCAUCCGUGCCUUCGACCCCUUCUCCGCUGAUGAGAUACCCAAAACAGCGUUCUCCGACUCUAGCACCCUGUCUGAUGUCGACCUCGAUGAGCUUUGGAGUGAAUUGAAAACGAUAUGUUUUGAUGCAAGACAAUGCGAUAUCUACGGUAAGGAUGAGAACGCAUGGUGUCUAGAUGUGGUGCAGCCUAUUUUGAUUUCUUCAAUCAAAGGGUGUCAGUUGUUGCAACUCAUAAGCUCACAACAGAUCGGCCCGAGCAUUCUUCCCAGAUCCAAAAACGCUUUAAGCAAGAUUAACAAGAAGGCUGACUAUACUCUCUCUUUCACUUGCCGUGAUACCUCGGUGCGAUAUUUUUACGACAGAAUAAGCCUUGGCGGGCAUGGCUACCAGCUAAGCCAAACGACAGAUGCUUUCACGAAGAGAGUACUCUUGUUCUCGGGCAUGGAGGUCAAAUCAGAUGAAGGGAGCAAGAAAGAAGCGCUCGCAGAGCUAGCGAUCUGACUUGCUGCCGGCUUAGAGAAGAUCCGGCAAUUAGGAGAGCAGGUAAAGGGUGAAGGCGAGGAUUCUGCGGAUUGGCUGCUACCGAGCAUUGGGUUCACUAUUAUUGGUCAUGACUGGUAUAUAUAUCUAGCGUAUAAAAU